GGGUUUAGUGCCACGUUGGCAGUCCGGGCGACGCCUUCAUUUUGUGUUCAUCUUGUUUCCUCGAUUCAGUUGUAAAAAUUGAAAAGAUAAAAAAAAGAGAGAGAGAAAAAUGUGUGCUUAAAAAUUAUGAUUUUCAUAGAGAGAGAGAAACGAAAUUAAUAUUAUAUUGAAAUAAAAAUAAUUUGAAAUUAUAUCUUGUGGAUAAAGAAAAAAAAGAGCAUUGAAAAUGAUAAACGAGAGAACAAAGUGUUUUGGGACUGUAUGAGAAAAUACAGAAAAAAUUGAAUCAGAAAAACGAAGGAGAGAAAGAGAGAGAAAAGAACAGAUAGCGGUAUAGAAAGAAAAAGAAGGAUAGAACUAUUCGAAAGUAGCCCCUACCACUUUGUCUCUAUCGCUUUCUCUCUCUCUCUUUUUCACAACGCGACGAGGGGUAUAUAAAGAUAUCUCUUUCCAACUCCCUCUACCUUUAAUUCGCACACACUGUAAAAUCCAAUUGUGAACAAGCAAGGAGUAUCCGUCCCCUCUACUACUACGCUUUUACCGGAGCUCGGUAGUCUACUUUCGUAUUUGAUAGUGUUCGUUCGUAUUAUACACGAGCUUCGUGACAUAGGUCGAAAAACACGCCGGAUUUUUACUUCAUCGGAGUAUCAACCGGCCGGAUAUUAUUUAGUCUUUCUUUCAUGGAAGAAAUUUAACGUUAUAAAAAUUUUUUCCUUUUUUUUUUUUUUCUUUCCUCCCCCUCUUUCGCAUUAAAACGCGUAUUGCGCGUAUGCGUGUGUGUUUGUGUAUACGCACGCGUGUCGUGCGUGAAAAAUAAUCUUCUGGAAAACGGGAAUAAAAAGAAGACAGAUAUAUUUCGAUUAUAUCGAAAAAGGAAAAAAAAAAAAUAAAUAAAGUGCAGUUAUGUCGUCACCCUCAGUCUCGGAUAUGAACUUUAUGGAUUUCUUUUUUUCUCCCGAAGAUCCGAACUUCCUUAAAGAUGUUAAGGAUGAACCUUUCGUCGAUCAAAAUUACAACGACGACGCCAUCACGACGGAAGAAUGGCCAACGAAUCCAGACGAGUUUUUGGAAUCGAUUUUCAAAUUAGAAGACAGUCAGUUCAACCUAAUCGAAAACAAUUUAGAUGUAACUCCAUCUUCCUCGUCGGACAGUGGACUUUCCAGUGCUUUGAGCCUUUCUUGCGAGCAACAAUUGAGUCCUGUAUUACCAAUCGAAGAAGAUCAAAUUGAAAUUUCCAAUUCAGACUCGUGCAGUCCCCAAAAUUUUAUGGAUUUCGAUUCACUGGGAAGUCCAAAUCAGUCAAUGGGUAGUAUUGACAGUCCUAUAAGAUCAGUUGUUAGCUCGAAUAUCGGUUCACCAGUUACGGAUGUUAACGAAGAAGUAGAUUUCGAACCAACCCUUGUUGCUGUUGUCAAUCCUAAUAAUACUGUUCCUGAUUCUACUACUGUCAUAACGACGGAUCAACAACCAACAGUUAAUAUAGAAACGCUAAUUAAACAACAGGAACGUGUGGCGUCUCAAGAGAAAACCGUUAAAGUUCGCAAUCUCACAUGUGUCGGAAAAAGAAAUAUAAGGCAACUAAUUCGCGUGACGCCAAUGGGUUCGGGUAACCCUAGGUCGAUUUUAUUACCCGUUAGCUUAAAGGACAUGAAGGAAGUACGAACAAUAAAGAUUAUAAACGCAUCACAAGCAAGAAAUUUGAAAGGUUUCAAAAUUAAUCAAGCGAAUAUCAUUAAUAAACCUGUUCAGAUGACUAUCAAGCAAGAAGAUUCCAGCAGCGAAAAGGGCUGCAAUUCGAGUGAUGAAAUUUCUGAAACAGACUCACCUUAUCCAAGAUUAAAGUUAAAUUCCGAAGAAAAACGUCUUUUACAAAAGGAAGGAAUAACGUUACCGACUCAUUAUCCACUCACGAAACACGAGGAACGCGAAUUAAAAAGGAUCAGGCGUAAAAUUCGCAACAAGAUAUCUGCUCAGGAUUCGCGCAAAAGAAAAAAGGAAUACGUGGAUGGAUUGGAGGAUCGUGUGAAACAGUGCACGGAAGAAAAUAUGACCUUGCUCAAACGUAUCAAAGCACUACAGUCUCAAAAUCAGAGUCUAGCAGGUCAACUUAAAAGACUCCAUACAUUAAUACAAAAAAGCAACAAGAGUGCUCAACCAGCGACUUGUUUGAUGGUUUUACUACUUUCGUUGGCUCUCGUAGCUGUGCCGAAUCUUCGACCACACUCCAAUUCCAAUAAUGACAUAGCUAAGGAGCAAGAACAACCUGAAAAAAUGCCACCUCUUGCAGGUCGUUCGAGGGCACUCCUUUAUACGAAACAAAUAAAGGAUGAAGAACUGCAACAAUAUAACGAGGAAUUGUUGCAGGAGGUUGAAGGUCUUUUGGAUCACGAUUACAGUCCCGUGGUCCACAUGCCACCUUACAAACGUCCUCGCAUUGAGAACGAAGCGAACAAUCAGAAGUUCGCAGCUUCAUCGGAUCAAAUUGGUGGGAUAUUAGGUAGUCUGUUGGGUAACCACGAAAUGCCGUUUAUGAAACCGAGCAAUCGAAAAUAUAUAGAACCACCAUUAGACGACGUUUGGCCACCACCGAAUCCAGGUGGGAAAACGGAACCAAAAGUGGUCGACAAGCUUGAAGCUUUGACCAAUGAACUCAAAAUUAAUAUUUCGGAUUUGGAAGGCACCAGAACCGUCCUCGUGAAAGUGCCUCAUGAACAAUGAGAUUACCAUCUUUCUUUCUUUUCCUUCAUUUCUAAAAACAACAACAACAACAACAACUACUACUACUACUACUACUAAAGAAUUACCGUUGUGAAAUCAAACGAUCAUGAAAGAACGCGUUUCUCACCAGUUUCGCCGUGACUUUCGAGUUUCUCAUCGUGAGGAUUUCUAAACGUGAAUUUAAUGGCACGAAACAUACAUCAAUAUCUUGAACAGUAAAAUUUAACGUUUAGUAACAAAUUGAGAUAAUAAUAGCCAAUCGAUAAAUUAAUUCAUCUAAAUAAAAAUUUUUGUUUACUUUUAAGUAAAUGUUUAUAAUAUACAAAAAAAUCGAUAGUAGAAUAAUAUUAUAGCAUCAUCCUAUCUAUGAUAGUUUUAAUAUUCAUUUAGGAAAUUAAUAAGUAUGUUAACUAUCGGUAGGACUGUUAAAACAAUAUUGUGAUUGUUUUGGGAAAGAAAAUUAAUCACAUCAAUUCUUAUCAUGUUAAUGGGGGGUUAGGGGGGGAGGAAACUUUGGUAUUGCCCAUUUGUUGAUAAAACUUAAAUUUCACAUCGUCAGUGAUAAAAUAAGUCUUAUUAGACAAUUAUAUUUAGAAUAAAUAUCAUUAGGAAGAGUUGUGAAUUCUUAUUCUCAAGAAUAAAAGAUACUAUCGUUAUAUUAUAAGUCGACGAUUCGAGCAGUAAAUUUUUGUUUAGUUAAAGGGUCGAACGGAAUGAUGAUCAAUGCUUAAUAAUAGCAUACUAUUCGUCUUAUUACAUUUAUCGAAUUGAUAAUUGGCAAUCAAUCAUACAAAUUGCAAAGACACAAAUGAAUUGAACACCAAUAAAUAUCUUUCAUGUUUACAUAUACUUAAGAAUGACCAUAUAGAUUAUGUUAUAAGUAAAGUACUCUUUUAUAUCUAUAAUACAUUACAUAAUAAGCAUUCAUCAAAAAGAAUCAAUUAGCCUUCUCCAUCGAAUCAUCGAAUAUUUAAAGUUCGUCUUAAAACGAACUAUAUCUGCUAAUAAUAACCUCUUUAGAUAAUGUAUAGAGUUUAUUCGUCGAAUAUUCUAUGGAUGGUAUAAAGUUAAUCGGACUAUUGCAACGAUUAAUAUUGUUAUCAUAAACCUUAUUAAGAUUUUUGUAAAUAUUUGCAAUUGUAGAUUAUAAGAAUGACAAAGAUAUACACAUAUAUAUAUUAAUAUUAUUAUUAAUAUUAACAUUAUUAUAUUAUACAGCUUUAAAAAUUACUUUUUACAAAAAUACAAUGUGUAAUUUAAUGUACGUUAUUAUAUAUAUGCAAAGAAAACUAUUUACAACGGUGCAUGGUAGAAAACAUAGUGUGCAAUCGUACACAAACAACGUAUCGGCGCAUAAUCUUAUAAUAUAUAUUUUAUUUGUUGUAAGAACAUUUAAAACAACAAGAAAGAAAGGUUGGAAGUAAAAAUUGUUUUUCAAGGCUAAAAAAUUGUAAAAUGAAAAAUGAUUCACUCGUUAGUUAGGUUUUCAAUAUAUAUAUAUAUAUACAAAGAAGAGUUCAAUAUACAAAAGUUAAUAGCUAAGCAUGUAUUUUGCACCAAGUGCUAAGACUGUAUCGUGUAAAUCGCAUGCCGAUAAUCUUUACUUCAAGAUAGAAAAGAAAAAAGAAAUAUUAAUUCAAAGUAUUCCUCGCCUUAUUAUUAUUAUUUUGCGUUAAGAAUAUGAUUUUAAUUUUUCUUACUUUGUAUACGGCUCGUAAAGCUCGCGUACAUAUAUAAUAGAUCAUUACAUACAUGCAUACUUAAAUAUAAGUACGAAAUUGUAAAUAAAUAUAUCGAUAAAAGUAUAUUUUACCAUCGUGUAAUAGUUCGUACUUACAUUUCUUUUCUUUUUCAUCGGGGGAUUCGGUGGAAGAUAGAAGAAGAAAAAGCAAGAAAUAUGUAUCAACGUCUCGUCCUUACGCAAAAGAAAGAAAAACACUUAUUAAGAAUUUGUUUGUUCGACACAUUGUUUUAAGGAUAAUUUCAAUUUAAUUUAGAUAAGUUCAACACGUACAUUCCUAAUUAAUAAUGUUUAUCCGAAAAUAGAGUAAACGUUCUAUUUUUGCACGUAAGGUCAAAGGGAUGAAGGUACUACGCUAUUAAAAAUUGAAUAAAUAUGCGUUUAGCGAUAUUAUAAGUAAAAAAUAAAACAAUAAGAAAAAAUAGGAAACAAAAAAAACAGAAUAAAAACUUGAACGU